AUGUCGCAACGCGAGUACCACAUAGUCGUCCUGGGUUCCGCCCAGUUUGUGCAAAAUGUGUGGAUAGAGAGCUAUGAUCCCACCAUCGAGGACUCGUACCGAAAGGUCCUCGAAGUAGACGGCCGUCAUGUUAUUCUCGAGAUCUUGGACACCGCCGGCACAGAGCAGUUUAGUAAAGAACUGUACAUGAAAACUGGCCAGGGAUUCCUUUUGGUCUUCAGCAUCACAUCAGAAUCUUCCUUUUGGGAGCUUGCCGAGCUACGUGAGCAGAUACGACGGAUCAAGGAAGACAGCAACGUACCCAUGGUUCUUAUUGGCAACAAGUCGGACCUAGAAGACGACCGUGCUGUACCGCGCCCGCGAGCAUUUGCCAUAUCGCGUGAAUGGAACGUCCCAUAUUUCGAAACCAGUGCGCGAAGGAGAGCCAAUGUCGACGAGGCCUUUGUCGACCUCUGCAGGCAAAUCAUCCGCAAAGACCAGACCGAACGAACGCGCAUGGCCCCACCGGAUUCCCCGAGGCCUGGUGAGCCGCUUGCUCUCACCUACGCCUUCUUUGACUUAAAUACCACCCUUACCCACCCUCCAUCUAUCCCUCAUUACACUACAAUCAACCUUGCAACACUCACAUCUACUUCCUCACACUCAAACCAAACCCCCCCAACCAACCUUCCAAUCAAAAUGUCUGCUCCCAACGCCAACGCUCCCAACGAGGGCAUCGUCGGCCAGGCCGUCAACUCUGUCAAGAACGCCGCCAACUACGUCUCUGAGAGCAUCCAGGGCUCCACUGCUGAGGCCAACAAGGAGGCCAACAAGCAGCAGGCCAAGGGCAACGUCCCCGGACAGGACAGCAUUGGCGACCGCAUCUCUGGUGGACUCAACGCCGCCAGCGACAAGAUCAACCAGGAGAAGCACGAUGGCGCUGCCGAGGCCAACAAGCGAUCCAUCUAA